AUGGAAGCGGAGCGUGCACUAAAUGCCACAAUAAAUAGCAGUACAAUGGAUAGCCAGCUGGUCACACACAGUCUCUGGGAGGUGGUCACCAUAGCGACUGUGUCUGCCAUUGUCAGCCUCAUCACCAUAGUGGGGAACAUUCUGGUGAUGCUGUCCUUUAAAGUCAACAGCCAACUAAAGACGGUAAACAAUUACUAUUUGCUGAGCCUUGCGGCUGCAGACCUCAUCAUUGGCAUCUUCUCCAUGAACUUGUACACUUCCUACAUUCUGAUGGGUUACUGGGCUUUAGGGAACCUGUCCUGUGACCUGUGGUUGGCUGUGGACUACGUGGCCAGUAACGCGUCAGUCAUGAACUUGCUAGCGAUCAGUUUCGAUAGAUACUUUUCCAUCACUAGGCCUCUUACGUAUAGAGCCAAACGUACUCCCAGGCGGGCAGGCGUCAUGAUAGGUUUGGCCUGGUUGGUGUCGCUCAUUUUGUGGGCACCGCCUAUCUUAUGCUGGCAAUACUUUGUGGGGAAAAGAACCGUCCCCGAGAGACAAUGCCAGAUUCAGUUUUUCUCAGAACCCAUUAUAACAUUCGGAACGGCUAUCGCUGCGUUUUAUAUCCCCGUGUCAGUCAUGACCAUCCUCUACUGUCGGAUCUACAAAGAAACUGAAAAAAGGACCAAGGAUUUAGCAGAGCUUCAAGGAGCCAACCAGUCCGCGCAACCUGAUGUGACCAAGCCUCAAAUGAUCCGAUCAUGUUUUAGUUGUAAAUUAAGAUCCGGCUCGAAGGACUGCACUCAGGCCUCGUGGUCGUCCUCGUGCAGGAACCAAGCUGCCAAAUCCGCUGCCUCCAACACCGACGAGUGGUCCAAAGCCGGUCAGCUGACCACCUACAACAGCUACCCGUCCUCAGAAGACGAAGACAAGUCCGUGUCUUUUGGGAACCAGGUUUGUGAAGUCAGCAAGAGCGCGGCGGGGAGCGAAACGGAGCAGCUCAGCAGCUUCGACGAGGAAAACUUUUACCAAACGUCUUCCCAAAGCAACUCUCAAAGGAGUAGCAAGCGCGUGUCGUAUAAGUUCAAGUCCAAAGACACCCUCGCGCCUCACCCGAGCAAAAACGGUGACGCCAAAAGCGCCUUUUCUUCAGCCGAGUCCAUGAGCACUCAGGCCGCCUCUUCAGCAUCCAAGGACGUCACGCUAAAGAACCACAUGACCAAGAGGAAGAGGAUGGUGCUGAUUAAAGAGAGGAAGGCAGCUCAGACCCUCAGCGCCAUACUUCUGGCCUUCAUCCUUACAUGGACGCCUUAUAACAUCAUGGUGCUCAUUUCCACCUUCUGCUCGGACUGCAUUCCCCUGUCUCUGUGGCACCUCGGCUACUGGCUGUGCUACGUCAAUAGCACCGUUAACCCUAUGUGCUAUGCUCUCUGCAACAAGACUUUCCAAAAGACCUUCCGCAUGCUUCUCCUCUGCCAGUGGAAGAAAAAGCGGAUUGAGGAGAAACUCUACUGGUAUGGACAAAACCCAAUUGUUGGCUCUAAACUUUCUUGA